UCCCAGGCCGCCUGAUUGCUCACUCACUCUUAGCGAGAGCCGCGCGAGCGAGUACACGGCGACGCUCGCGGAACAACCGUAACGAGUCUCUCGCGACGAUGCCCAGCCGGACGUUAGCCUCCGCGCUGCUCUUGGAUAUCUCGGCUGCUGCCCGUAGCUCGGCCGCGCGACCUGACCGCAACCACUGCGACAACUGAACCACCGCCCGGACUCGGUCUCCACCAAAGUGCUUGACACCUCUCAGUGCUCCCAAAGUCCUAAGCCGCGUCCUGUUCGACCACGGCAGUGCUUCCGAGGCCGGGCUCGAUCGGUCUCUUUGCCUAUCGAGUCAGUCGCUCCGACUCAUUAUAAAAAAAAAAAAAAAAAAGAAAAAGAAAAAAAAAGAAUCUCGAGUCAUUGUGUAUGCACAUUGUACCGACUGGCCCGCGGCAACUCGAUCCGGUGCCACGGAUGAGGUGACUAAGUGAUUUCCAGGCAGCUCCUCUCGCAGCCCGCUCGCAAGCCCGGCGAAGCAUCCACGAGGAGGCCCGAUCUCGCCCACGGACCACGGCCCUCCUCCCACGAGGUCGUCGGCUUCGGUCCGGCUCGUGGAAUGACAGAGAAGGCGGCCACGGCACGUCGCCCCAAGGAGCAAAGCCUCAGUGGCUGAUCGCGGCCGGUCCCACCAGACCGGCGCCUGUGUGAUGAACCAAUACCUCAGCCCAAGCAGCCUCUCCCCAGCGAGCAGCUCAAUAGCAGCACCAGCCCCAAGCCACUACCCCCCAGCCAUGCGCGAGAAGGACUCGAGCCCCCGCAAGAUGCCCGGACACAUAAGCCCCAAGCAGGCGAGCAUCUACCCCCUGGGGCCGCGGACCGGUGCCGCGGAGCCGGAACCCGAGCUGCCCUACGAUCUGAGCCACGGCCACGCCCGAGCCAGCCCCUGUCACGGGCCCCGCGACCUCCAACCCCAGCUCUCGCAGCUCUCGCAGCUGGGCCAGCAGGCCCAGUCGCGGACGAGCCCGACCUCGCGGUCCCACCAGAGCCGCGGCCGCGGCGUCCUCGAGCCGGCUGAGGCCUGCGAGCCCCUCGAUCUGCGCCUCGAGCACAAGAAGGAGAGCCUGCGCGAUGAGAACCAGAACGAAAUCGAGGCUCUCAACCAGAACAGCCUUGAACGCGCCUACCACACGGUCCUCUUCCCCCAGCAUCACGCGGUCCACCCCCUCGUGCUCGAGGCCAUGUACCGCUCGCAGCAGCACGCGCCGGAGCUCCCGGGGCUGCAGGCUCGGGCGCUCCCGACGAUGGUCGCUCUGCCGGGUGGCCGUUUCGCCGGGCCCGGCUCCACACCGGGGCCCCAACUGGCCCAGUGCCCGCGAUCGACGAGUCCCGCGAGCUCGGCGCCGGCGCCGAUCGCCGCGGAGCUCGGACCGAGCCAAGCGCCGAGACCGCCUACACAGCAGGCCCCCGGUAUCCCGGGGUACGCCCUACCCGCGGGCCCUGGCGCCGGCCUCAAGCCCAAGGACCGCUACUCCUGCAAGUUCUGCGGCAAAGUGUUCCCGCGCUCGGCCAACCUCACGCGCCACCUGCGCACCCACACCGGCGAGCAGCCCUACAAGUGCAAGUACUGCGAGCGCAGCUUCAGCAUCUCGAGUAACCUGCAGCGCCACGUGCGCAACAUCCACAACAAGGAGAAGCCCUUCAAGUGUCCGCUGUGCGAGCGCUGCUUCGGCCAGCAGACGAACCUCGACAGGCACCUGAAGAAGCACGACGCCGACGGGCCGACGAUACUCGAGGAGGUGCGCUCGAGGUACCACGGGCAGCUGCCGCGCGCCGAGGAGUCCUACUUCGAGGAGAUCCGCACGUUCAUGGGGAAGAUAACGUCGCGGGGCCAGGGCCUGGCUUACUUCCCGGGGCUUCUGGGGACCGCGGCCGAGGACCGUGCCGCAUGGAGCGAGAAGCAGCAGCUGCGGCUGGAGGAGAGGCGGCAGCAGCAGCAGGCGGUGCCCGGUCAGGGCGACUCAUCCUACUUCAGCGAUCGGGACAAUCUGAGCUCGAGGUCGAGCAGCAGCGCGAGCCGAGCCGAGAGCCUCCAUGAGGAGCAGCAGAGGGACGCAGGCUCGCCGCCCCUAUCACCGGGUAACAAUACCUGAGACGCCGACGAGCCGAGCUCGCUCGAUGACCGAGCCCGCCUCUAGCUCUCCUCGGAGAUCGGCAUCCCCUUGUCACGGAGGUCGCUCGUGGCGAGAGCGCUACGUCC